GGUGCCAAACGGCCUCUUGCGUCACCCAGUUGCGCCGGAAGUUGAGCUGCUCAGUCUCCUGGAGCCCUGUUGAGCCGAGAGAGUUCCGCAGUGGGACGAGGGCCACCAUGGUCUCUGAUGAAGAUGAAUUGAAUCUUCUAGUUAUCAUUGUCGAUACCAACCCAAUUUGGUGGGGGAAGCAAGCGUUAAAGGAAUCUCAGUUCACUUUAUCAAAAUGUAUAGAUGCUGUGAUGGUGCUGGGAAAUUCCCACUUAUUCAUGAACCGUUCCAACAAGCUGGCUGUGAUAGCAAGUCACAUUCAGGAAAGUCGAUUCUUAUACCCUGGCAAGAAUGGCCGGCUUGGAGACUUUUUUGGAGACCCCGGAAACCCUCUUUCUGAACUUAACCCCUCAGGGAGUAAAGACGGAAAAUACGAGUUACUGACUGCUGCAAAUGAAGUUAUUGUUGAAGAAAUUAAAGAUCUGAUGACCAAAAGUGACAUAAAGGGUCAACAUACAGAAACUCUGCUGGCUGGAUCCCUUGCCAAAGCUCUUUGCUAUAUUCAUAGAAUGAACAAGGAGGUUAAAGAUAACCAAGAAAUGAAAUCAAGGAUAUUGGUGAUUAAGGCUGCAGAAGACAGUGCUUUGCAGUAUAUGAACUUCAUGAAUGUCAUUUUUGCAGCACAGAAACAGAAUAUUAUGAUUGAUGCCUGUGUUUUAGACACUGACUCAGGGCUCCUCCAACAGGCUUGUGACAUCACAGGGGGACUGUACUUAAAGGUGCCUCAGAUGCCCUCCCUUCUGCAGUAUCUUCUGUGGGUUUUUCUUCCUGAUCAAGAUCAGAGGUCUCAGUUAAUCCUCCCACCUCCAAUUCAUGUGGACUACCGGGCAGCCUGCUUCUGUCACCGAAAUCUCAUUGAAAUCGGCUAUGUCUGUUCAGUGUGCUUGUCAAUAUUCUGCAGUUUCAGCCCCAUCUGCACUACUUGCGAGACAGCCUUUAAGAUUUCUCUACCUCCAGUGUUGAAGGCCAAGAAAAAGAAACUGAAAGUGUCCGCGUGAUAAAGUUCAUUCCCUUUCCUUUAGAGCUAUCAGUAGGAACUAUAUGGGAGAAUCUUCAGUGGGAAAACU